AUGUACAGUGUGGAGGACCUCCUCAUCUCACAUGGAUACAAAGUGCCCAAACACAACUCCUCCAGCUCCGGCCCUCCUGCCCGGCCCGCCCCUCCAGCCUCUCCUCCCUCCUACAGCAGACACCAGCAGCUCCUGGAGCGGCCCCGCACAGUCAACGGCUUCUGCAGCUAUACCCUCAACCACAACCACAACCACACACGGGAGAGGAGCCAGUCCAGGCAGGAGGGCCGCCUCCACGACGCAGAGUUCUAUGAUGCAAACCGCAGUCUCCCGCUUCAGGCUAAGGAUGUGUCCUACUGGAGGAGGAAAGGGCAGGACUUUGCUGUCUUGUUAGACUACACAGAUUACAAAGAAGCUGCUGCUAAUGGUCGACAGGGAGCUUAUGUAAGGCCAGAGUUUGCUGGAGAAAGGGGCCCAGCACCUCUGGAGGACGGUCCCAGGACACAGAGGCCCCGCUGCAGGGAGAAUCAGCUGCUCCUGCCCUGGAGGACAUCUGAGAGGAAGUGCCAGAGCCUGGGAGCAGAGGAGUGGCACCCUGCUGAGCAGCGCCUGCUCAGCAGAACUCCAGAGGUGAUGGUUCUGCCUCGGACUAAAACAAGAACUCAGUCUCUCCCCAGAAUGCAGAGCAACUGUCGGCAGUACGUUCCUCUGUUUCACCAGAGCACCUACAGAGCACCGCGCUGGCCAGACACCGGCCGACCUGCCAGCGCACACCCACUGUCAAUCACACCAAAGCCACGCUUCACACGACCCCCCAGACCCCCCUCUUAUGAGAUGCACCAGCAGAUCAGGGGCAGCUGUGAGAUGUUGUCUGGAAGAGAGCUGACCCGGGAAAAAACUCCGCUCCCACGGUUACGACCAGAUUCUCACCUGGACUACUUUGCACAGGACUGUGGGCCACCAGGGUACAUCCCUCCCCCCUCCUAUAAGAGAGCUCCCAUCAUGGAAGGGGUCUGCAGGAAUUAUGGAGAAGUUGCCAUUGACUAUAGGUACAGAGGAGACGUGUACCAGCAGCUGCACCGGGCUCCAGACGGCUCUCUGUGGUGCCCCCCUCCCUCUAGGCAGCUCUAUCCUGUCUACAUGACCCAGGACAGGCCAGGGGGGAGGCUCCAGUAUCUCCCAUUUGACCCCUCCUCAUCCCUAACAGACUCUGACAAGAUCCGCCACAUUCGUAAGGAGCUUCCAAGCCUCACAGUGUCCGAGCCAGCUUCCGGCAACAGUGCCUUUUUGCCUCCAUCACUGGGACCUUCUUCUCUUGUGGUUAAUGACUCUGCAUACGGGGAGUUUGACAGUGACAAUACCAGGUGGCGCAGACAUUUGCACAAAGAAACUGUAGACAACAUCCCAGCAAUCGACCAAAACUACAACAGAUAUCACAAAAUGCAACAAGGGCGUGCAACAUCUCCAUUUUCUGCUUUCCAUGCACCAGUUUCCCCCUCAGGUUUGAGAUGCAAGUCAGAGCAAGGCUUUUUAGAAACCAUCACCCAAGUGAAGCAGAUCAGGCCAGACCUUGGACCUGACAACAACAGGAAUCCGAAGAGGAGAUUCAGCGAGACCAUCUUCUGCCUGGUGUCUGUCCCUGUCCACACUCCCACCAACUUAAACAAGAAUGCUCCUGCAGACCAGAACAACAAUGAGCCCACCACUAACCACAACAUCCCAAACACAUUCGCUGUGGGUCUGAAGGAGAGCCGUCCUGUGAGGAGCAGGUCUGUCAACCAAGUGCCCAUCUGGACCCAGAGCACUCUGCCCGACAUCAGCGGCACCUCCUCCCUGAGGAACUCCAAAAGGGCUCCUCUCAGAAAAGAGAUUAUAGAUGCAUGGGCUCUUCAGGCCAAUGAGAGCAAAGAGAUGUACUCGCGCUCAUGGCCUGGGAACCAGUAUCGCAACCAGGAAACUCAGACCGGGUCACCGCUGGUCAAGAGUCCAGAACCUGAGGACAAACCUGCUCAGGUGGUGCCCAACACCAGCGCAGACGGUACAGCUGCUAAUGUUUACUGUCUGAAGGACCAGAAGAACCUACAGCUUUCCAGCAAUAGUGCAUUUUCCCUAAUCAGUCCCAACCAGGCUGCAUACAAGGAGCUUUUAGCUCCAGAGCUAGAUUUUCCUUUAGCAGACGUCAUCGCAGAAAGGCAGCGAGUGUCCAGUCCCUCAGAAAAGUGUCCAGAGCUGUCCACAGACAGUGCUGAGCAUGUUAGCUUUGGUCAGUUUCUGCUGAAGCCAGUAGACCGGCGCCCGAGUGAUUACAUUGGUGAAUUAGAAAGCAUCAACAAAGAGAUGGAGGACACUAUCAGCAAAAGGGCUAAUGCAAAUUUGAGCGGGAAAGGAAUAAAGAAACGCAACAUGCACCGCUCAGGGGCUCAGUCUAUGGAGGAGAUGCAUUUAGUGAAACCCACUUACAUUAAUGAGCGAUCGAAAUCUUUUACCUCUGCUGCUGACCUGGACACAGAAACAAGCUGCUUAUUUAUUAGGCCACAAAACAUCCCACCAUCACAAGACAUCAGCGACUUUACUCUGGACGGGGAUAUGACCCCACAGGACAUCCCAGUCCCUCAGGAGUCCAUGCUUCGAGACGUGGGUCUAAAAGUGUACACUGAGACUGGCCCUACAGAACCGGCUCCACGAUCAUGCUCCGUUCCACCUUUUCAACAGUUAGACGAGCUCUCUUGGGAAAACAUGGCUAAAAACCUGUGCAACGAUAGCCACGAGCACAAAGUAAACAGAGAGUCUAAAACUCGAAACAGCCACAAGCAUCACACAUCAGGGGUGAGUUUACGAAUCUGCCGGAGCCGGAGUGAAAGCAGUCGAUCUUCUCAUAAAAGAGAGUGCUCACCUCACGUCAACAAACUCAAUCGUGUCAAGUCGUGUCCCGGAGGAAACCAGCCCACAUUAGCUGACGAGCACCUGGAGAGCUUGUUGAUGAAGGAGAAAUCCAACUCUUUACCGGCAGAAGAUCUCAGUCACCUGUACGAGGUCAAAUGUGCGGCAGGAAUCCCCGAAAACGAGUCCAUCGAGCAACGAGCAGCAAGGAUUCUGGGCAUUUCUGUUCCGGUGGGAGCUUUGCACGUCGACCAAGCAGUGGAGCAGGAAGUUUGUGAGCGUGAGGUAGAGGAGGGGGUCGGAGACGUAGAGAAAGAUCUUGCCAAAUAUCCUCAGUCCCUGCCAUUAGUUUACAACGCUGAGCCCAUAAAGACAGGUACUAGUGAGGAGACAACUUUAGACUCUUGGGAAAGUCCAACAGAGGAGCUUGGAUCAUCUCCUGCGUCAUGUCCAGAGUCUGUGGAGAAUCGGUUAGAAGAAAGUGCAAUGCUUAGCGAAGAUUUUAGUUAUGUCGAACUGGGAGAAAGUCAUGGGAAAGUUGCAAUAGAUGAAACAGCGUCAGAGGAGCUGAUUCUGGGAGUGGAGUCCAAAGAGAAGGGUGUAAUUGCACUAGAAAACAAUGAGGGUAUCAAAGAUGAAGAUGAGGUGAAGACGGAGGAUUCAGAGAAGGUCGAGGUGAACGAUAAGGGAGAAGGAGGGGUGACAAAAACAACAGAAAGUGGAGGUCGCCGAGUAGCGCCUCCCAAACCGCCCAAACCCAAACAACGCAGCAGGCUCCAGAAACCCGCCCUGCUCCCCAAACCCCGCUGUGUCCCGAAGAGAGAGGUCAGCCUGCCCCGCCUCAGCACCAGCAUGGAGGCCGCCGACAGGACCACUGUUCCUGACUCCUACGACCCGAGCCGAGUGGAGAGAGUGUAG